CAUUAAUAUUUCUUGCUCUCUACAUAAUAGUAGCAAGAUUCAAACCGACAAUUCAAUUUUACACAGUCCAAUCUUAUUUCGACUUCAAUUUCUUACUCGGCAUCUUCUAUCAUACCACAUUACAUCAUCCGUUGAAAAAUUAUAAUUGAUUUUCACCUAACAAUUCAAGAUGCUCUUAGAAGAGCAAAGAUUCCUUCAUGAGGACCUCGAACGCCUCGAACAGGGCAUCGCAGAUCGCAUUGGCGAUGAACCCAAACAUAUCUGUGAUCGUUUAGCGCGUGAUCAUCAGAUAUCUCAAUUUCUCGAUCGCAUAUCGUCACAGUCCUCCAAGCUUCUUUCUCUCUACCGCGAUGCGGAUGGGUCAAGGUCGCGUGAGAUCCAACAAAUCGGUAGCGGUGACCCGAUGGAAGAGUUCUACAAGCAGCUUACCGACAUAAAGACUUUCCACAAUAAGUACCCCAACGAACCUGUCGAGAACCUCGAGCGCGCAUACCGGCCAAAGAAGGGACCUGAUGCCGAAUCUCAGCCUAGUGUCGUCGAUACCAUGUUCACUGGUGAAGAGGCAUUUGGUCGCUUUUUCGAUCUUCACACCUGUCACGAACUCUAUCUCAACCUUCCCAACGCAAAACGGCUUAGCUAUCUUCAGUACCUGGACUCGUUUGAUAACUUUACGCUAGGUGCUGGCGGACUGAAGAGGUCGGAAAAGACGACAGAUCAAUAUUUCAGCUAUGUCGGCCAGCUCGCUCUAGAUCUCGAAACCUUCAUGCGAAAGACGAGGCCGUUAGAGAAUGUUGACAAGGUCAUCACCGACUUCGAUAAGGAAUUCGAUAUUGCAUGGGAGAAAGAUGAGAUCGCCGAUUGGAAGGCAGAAGAGCCUAGCGGGAAGACCACCGGCGGCGCAAAACAAACAUCUACGGCUGACACGGUGUGGUGUGAUGACUGUGAAAGGGAAUUCAAGAAUGAGAACGUAUACAAGGGUCACCUUUCCGGCAAGAAACACGUUCGUGCGGCGGCGGAGCGGGCUCAAAGAUUACAAGGCACAUCUACGGAAGAGGGUAACUCGACUAACGGGGCUGGGAAAGGUGGAAUGUCGACGUAUAGACUAAAAGAGCGGGCUAUCGCGGAGAGAGAAUUCCGAGUCAAGCGUCUCGCAAGCGCGAUGAGUACCGAACGGUCUGAUACUCGAGUGAACGUCGAAAGAAAGCAGGGUAUGACUGAGCGAGAGCGGCAACAAGAGUUGGAGAAUCUGUUCAACGCCACAACUACUACUUCGCAGCCCAAGGAUGCCGAGGAUGGUGAAGAAAACGAUGACGAGGAUAGGAUUUAUAACCCACUGAAGCUGCCACUUGCGUGGGACGGUAAACCUAUCCCCUUCUGGCUGUAUAAGCUUCAUGGACUCGGUGUCGAGUUCCCCUGCGAGAUAUGCGGAAACUUCGUAUACAUGGGACGCCGAGCCUUUGAUAAGCAUUUCAACGAGGCGCGACAUAUCUAUGGUUUGAAAUGCUUGGGUGUCACAAAUACAAGUCUCUUCCGAGACAUAACAGGAAUCGACGAAGCGUUGAGGCUGUGGGAAAAGAUCCAGAAGGAGAAGCGGAAGGAUAAGGUGGACGACGGUAGCGUGGUGCAGAUGGAGGAUGCCGAAGGGAACGUCAUGCCGGAGAAGGUCUAUUACGAUUUGCAGAAGCAAGGCCUGUUGUAAAGCUAUUUAGAUGUAAUAUUAUGCAGUCCUAAGAUUGCUCACGAAUUGGGGCAUGGUCGGGGCUAUUUCUAAAGAGGAAUCAAAAACAGGAUAUAUUCCCCAUAACAGGAAUCGUGCUGCCAACAUCAAGGAAGGGAUAUUGAAUGCGCUCCUACUCAUUUUUCUAGGUCAAGUCUUCCAGGUAUAUAGGUACAUGUAUCUAGUGCUACAUGCAGUGCUAGC